AUGGCCCAUGUCUUUCCAAAACCCAACCGCUCUGGGAUUCGCUCCACAGUCCACAACUUCCAGAUUCUGGAUUAUGUUCCAUGGCAGCGGUCCAAGCAGAAAACCAAGCCAUCUACCCUGCCUCCAGUCCUACAAUCCAGAGGCCGCAAGAAGAGCAGAGUGAAGGCUUUGACUAGUGUCCCUCCAGCGUUGCAUUCCAAGUCCGCCACGUCGAUGACAAGCCAGCUGAGGCAGCCACAAGAAAUGCACAGAGAGAAGCUGGACUCUGGAAAGGCACAGGCCAAAAUCCGGCUAAUGAAGACGUUGCUCAGGAACCAGCGAAACUCACUCCAGGAGCUGUGCAGCCAUGAGGUCUUCCUCACCACGCUCAACUGGGAGCUGGUCAAGGCCAUCCAGGACAUGGAGGACAGCUCGGCCCUGAACGCGCGCGCGAUGCUGCAGCAGCAGGACAUCCUUGCGGGUUUUGGAGGCCGGAAGUCCAAGAUCAGGAGGCCAGGAGGGUUGAGGUGUGACCUGGAGCAGCAGGUGGAACAGCUGAACGCCACGAUCGAGAAGACCCAGAAGGAAGUGAACUUCCUGAGCACGUACAUGGACCGCGAGUACCCUGUCAAGUCGGUCCAGAUUGCCAACCUUGUGCGCCAGCUGCAGCAGAUAAAGGACAGCCAGCAGGAUGAGCUGGAUGACCUUAAUGAGAUGCGCAGAAAGGUCCUGGAGUCUUUGUCUGAGCAGAUUCAGAGGAAGAAGAAAAAACUUCUGAGAUCUCUGGUGGUGAAAAACCAGCAGCGCCAUCAGGAGGCUCUUCUGCAGAAGAUCCGGGAUGGCCAGGACAUGCUGAGAUGCACGGGCAAGUUCAGAGAAUUUAUCAGCCAGUUUGAGGAGGAAAUACCCAUCCUAAAGGCCGAGGUGGGGCGGCUCAAGGUCCAAGUCCAGGAGCCACGAGAGACCGUGUUUGCGGAUGUUCUGCUUCGGAGACCCAAGUGUCCCCCAGACAUGGACGUCAUCCUCAACAUCCCUGUGGAGGAACUGCUCCCCUUCUAG